AUGGAGUUGGCUACUAAUCACAACCCGGAGGAUAUAAAACAACACGACAAACCAGUAGGUCUGGCUGAUCGCAUGAAAAAGUACGAGGCGUCUUUCGACUAUACCCUCCCUCUCGAUUCUCCGAUUAUUCUUCGCUUAGAUGGCCAUGGCUUCUCGCGCUUCACGGCGCAUUUCUGCCGACCGUUCGAUCAGCGCAUACACGAUGCCAUGAUAUCCACAUGCUCGGACCUCUUGAGCUUCUUCCCGCAAGCGACAGUGGCGUACACGCAGUCAGACGAGAUCACGCUAGUGUUCCCAGACGGUGUGCAGAGCUUCAAUGAGCGAGUGCAAAAGCUGUCGAGCUUGGCGGCUAGUUACUGUUCCGUGGGGUUCAACAAGUAUCUCGCGGAAUAUCUAGAGAGACAGCCGGAACCUAAGGUCAAAGCUAGUGCAUAUGAGAAGCUUGGUACUGCACAUUUUGAUGCAAGGUUUUUUGCUGUGCCGUCGGUGGAAGAAGCGCUCAAUUGCCUGCUCUGGAGGUGUCGGAAUGAUGCUGUGCGGAACUCGGUUAGUGGAUUUGCGAGGACGUUGUAUACGACAAAACAGAUGCAUGGGAAGAGGACGACUGAGCUAUUAGAGAUGAUGGAGAGCGAGAAAGGUGUCAAGUUUGAAGAGGCGGUGCCGAAGUGGGCCAUUGAAGGGUGCCUGGUGAAGAGGGAGCAGUAUGAGCAUGAGGGUGUGAACCUCAAGACGGGCGAGACGGAGAAGACGCUUCGGACUAGGAUAAGAGUCGAGGAGAGGGGUGUAAGAGACUUUUCAGCGGAAAACUUGAAAUUAAUCACAGAGAGGUAUUGGUGGUAG